AUGGAAGAAGGCGACGACUAUGGCACUGGGGGCCUGAUGGAUGAUCCCGAAGACUACUACCCCUCGACUCCUCCCCCGACGACACAGAUCUUCACCAUGGGAAGCGGCAAGGAAAUUGUUCUACACCUGGUCGGCCACAGCCCUACGGAGGCGCAUCACCUGUGGAACGGCGCAAAGAUCAUAUCAGAUUACUUUGAGGAGGAUCCUGCGCGGGUACGGGGCAAGACCGUGCUGGAGCUCGGAGCCGCGUCGGGCCUCCCGUCGCUGGUGACUGGUAUCCUCGGUGCAAAGAAGGUCGUCAUGACGGAUUUCCCGGAUCCGGAUCUCGUCAUGAACAUGCAGAAGAACAUUGACGAGUGCGACGAGACGACGGAGCCAAAGGGGCACAUUGCCAAGACGAUUGACGCGGCUGGAUUUGUCUGGGGAGGAGAUCCGGCCCCUCUUCUCGCCCGUCUUUCCUCUGACGAGGACGGCUCAAGUGCUGCGAGGACAGAAGAGCGCUUCGACGUCUUGAUUCUCGCGGAUCUGCUGUUCCGGCACUCGGAGCACGGCGCCCUGGUCAAGACGAUUCGGGAGACGAUGAAGCCGUCGAGGGAGAGUGCCGCGUACGUCUUCUUCACCUCGUACCGGCCGUGGAAGAAGGACCUGGACAUGGGCUUCUUUGACGUGGCGCGAGAGGCUGGGUUCGAGGUGGAGCAGGUUUUGGAGAAGAAGCUGGAGAAGCCGCUGUUUGAGAAUGAUCCGGGCGAUUUGGAUGUGCAGAAGACGGUCAAGGGGUUUGCCUGCUCUGUUAACCAUUUCAUACACAUCACAUCAACCACAGCCACACAACCAUUCAGCCUCUGCUGCAUCAUAUACAAAUCGUCUCUUCAGCUCCAAAAUUCCCAUCACACUGGCAUCCCCUCCUCCCCCACCAGCCUCUCAACCACCAAAAAACCACAGCCCACAAUGACCGCCCAAGACUCCUCCUCCCACCUCUCCCAGCUCCAAGCCAACGGCUUCGUCGUCAUCAAAUCCAUCCUCUCGCCCUCGCAGCUCGAGCUCCUCCGCACCGCAAGCCAGCAAGCAACAGCCCUCGCCCGCGCCGGUCAAUGGCCUCACGUCCGCACGGUGGGCAAGCAGUUCCCGCCGUGGAACCCGGCGGACGCUCGAUCCCAGGGCAUCUGGGGCGUGCAGCACCUGAUGCACCCGCAGCUGCCCGGGCACGCCGACUUUGCGGCGCUGUACUUUUCCGAAGAGGUCCUGGGGAUCGCAAAGGAGCUGCUGCUGGGGUGCGGAGACGAGCAUCUGGUGAUGGAGCUGUUCAACAUGCUCGUGCGGCCGGAGAGGGACUUUGAGCUAAGGUGGCAUCGGGACGAUAUCCCGCCGGAGGCGACGGACGAGGAGGAGAUGGAGAGGCUGGGCCGGCCUGCGUUCCACGCGCAGUAUAACCUUGCGCUGUGGGAGGACGAGUCGCUCGUUGUCGUGCCGGGGUCGCAUGUUCGCGCGCGGACGGCGGCUGAGCGGGCGGCUGGGCCGUUUGAGAGGGAACUGCCGGGGCAGCUGGUGGUGAGGCUGGAGCCGGGGGAUAUCGUGUUUUAUAAUAACAAUAUCCUGCAUAGGGGCGUGUACGACUCUGGCAGGGAGAGGGCGACGCUGCAUGGCUCGGUGGGACAUGUUGCGGGGAGCGGGCUGAGGGCGAGGAACGUGCUGCAGCAUGGGGUGGGAGCGUGGGUUGACGGGGUUGAUUUGGGGGGGUUGAAGGACGAGGGGGAGAGGAGGAGGGCGGAGGGGAUGAGGGAGAGGUUGGUGAGGAUGGGGGGUGAGAGUGGUGAGGUUGGGUAUUCGCUGGAGGGGUGA